AUGUUGGAAAGAGAGAUGAUGGACCUGUUCACCAACACUCUGGAGGGCCAAUACUACUCCGCCUGCUCUGCAUCCUCGAGUUUCGCCGAGUUGGUUAUGAUCGGUGAACGAAUUGAAAGUGGGAUUAAGGCUGGCAGAAUACAGAAUCCCAGUGAUGCUAGUUCCUCCUCUGGGGCUGGUGGAAAGAAGCCAUACAGUGGGUUUGCCAAGAAAAGGGAAGGAGAGACUAGUGCUGCUUACUAUGGUGGAGGCAGAAAUCAGGCUCAUCAACAAGUAGCCGUUGUGACUAUACCAAAUGCUCCCUUCCAACAUCAACAACAAGGGUAUCAGCCACGUCAGUAUCAACAACGGCCGAAAAUGCCAGAAAGGGUUUUCGAUCCGAUCCCGAUGACAUAUGCUCAAGUAUUGCCAUAUCUCCUCGAUUUGAAGUUAGUACAAUUGAGAACUCUAGCCACUCCUGCUAAGUUGCCCUCUAAUUGGGAUGCCAACGCAAGAUGCGAGUUCCACUCUGGGGCACCUGGGCACAAUAUUGAAAAUUGUAAGGCAUUGAAAAAUCUGGUUCAAAAUCUUCUCGACUCUAAGGCCAUUGAGUUUACUCCUACUCAAGGACCUAAUGUUGUUCAAAAUCCCAUGCCUCCCCAUGGAACUCAUGCUGCAAAUGCCAUCGAGGUUGUUGAAGACGCUCACCUGGUCAAAGAUGUGACCGAAUUGGGCUCUCUGUUGCCAUUAUUGAAGAUAGAACUAUUAAGGAUGGGUCUAUACUCUGAUUGUGGAGAGUUCUGUACCGAUUGCACGACCAUUUCUUCAGUUUGUGACAAGAUUCCAAUUCCUGCCAGGGCACCUCCUUUGGUUAUUACACUUCCUGGCCCCGUCCCGUAUACUAGUGAAAGAGCAAUCCCAUGGAAUUAUGGGGGAGAAGUUUUCUACCAAGGGGCCAAGUAUGAGGUCAAAGCGCCGGUGGAGAAAGAGGAUGUUGAUAAUGUUGUGGGCAUUGGAAGAAUGACGAGAAGUGGUCGUAUUUUCAAUCCUCUCCAGAAUACUCGCGAUGACAACGCAGAAGCUCUAGCUCAAGCAAAAGGGAAAAAAGUGGUAGAAGAUACAGUGGAUCAGGGGCAAAACUCUAAUUCAGAAGAUACUGUGGCCAAAGAGAUGGAAGAGUUCCUAAAGAUCAUCAAGAAAAGUGAGUAUAAAGUGGUUGACCAGUUGAGUCAAACUCAAUCAAAGAUUUCGAUCUUGCAGUUGCUCUUGUAUUCAGAAACACAUCGAAUUGCUUUGCUAAGACUUUUAAGUACUGCUUUCGUCCCUCCAGAGAUCUCAGUGAAUCAACUUGAAGGGGUGGUGUCAAACAUCAAUGCUGGUAAUGGAUUGGGAUUCACCGAUGCAGAUUUGCCUUCCGAAGGUAGAAACCACAAUAGAGCCUUGCAUAUAUCAGUGGAGUGUAAAGGGACUAUGUUAUCACGUGUUCUCGUGGAUAAUGGAUCUUCUUUGAAUGUGUUGCCGAAGUCGUCCUUGAUGAGGCUAGAUUAUUCUGGUGUUGAGAUAAGGCCGAGUGAAUUGACGGUGAGGGCCUUUGAUGGGUCAAAGAGAUCAGUAUUUGGGGAGGUUGACUUGCCGAUAAUGAUAGGCCCUCAACUCUUCACUAUUACUUUCUUUGUGAUGGAUAUCCACCCUUCUUACAGUUGUCUCCUGGGACGUCCAUGGAUCCAUGCUGCUGGGGCCGUGACUUCCACAUAG